AUGGGUCGCAAAAUACCCAAAAUGUCCGCCCAGAAGGUGAUGUACGUGGCGGCAGCGCAAAUCGUACUCACCACUGUUGGCUUUAUCUUCCUAAAAAGACCAUAUUUAUGGGCCUGGCAAGCGUUAGAUUGGUAUAAAAACGUAUACUGCGGGACGGAGUUAAACGCCGUGUGGGCCAAGUACCUGAGUUAUGCCACAGAACACAAGAACCAAAUCCGCUCGUCGGUGGAGAAGUACAAGGACGAGUGCACGCAGAACUAUUUGGACUCAUUCUCAGAAAAGUACACAAAAGCAUGCAUGGAUGGAUAUACCUCAGCAUUCCUGGGCAUUCCGCUUGCUUCCUGCUUUUUGAUUUUCGGCAUCGUCGCAGCGCUCCAGUACGCUCCUUUCAACUCGAGGACGCUGAAGAAGCCCGGCUUCGUCUUCGCAUUUUUCUUCAGUCUCAUCUUGCUCUCGAUCAACCUUGGGCAGAUGAUCACCAUCGUCAUUCCCUUGAUCAACCCUAACGCCUCUCCUGACGGAAUCCACUCGACAAAUCUAAGGGACAAGUGUGGUUAUGCAGCGGAGUUUAUGUCGCUUAUCCUCAUCGUUGUCUCCACGAUUCUAUCCAGCUUCAUCGCUGCUUAUGUGAUCCAAUUAUAUGUGCGCCGCGCUGAGUACCAGGACGACAAUAUCGACGACAUCAGAAUGGACGCUGGAGGUGGGUCCGAGUCCUUAGAGGACGAGUAUGCCAGUAGGGUGCCCAAAACGAGCGAAAGGGGAAGCACCAAAAAAGCUAAAGGAGGUGUUCCUAUGGCUGGCGCUGGAGGAUCUCAUGCUGCAUAUGGGAGGCAAAAUGCUACAUCUGGCUACGGAGGAUUUAACUAA